AUGAAGGCAACGCCGCAACGCUCCACAGCCGGUUUCAUUCCAUGAUCGCUGUGAACUCGCUUUUACAGCCCACAAAAGCCGACGUUAUCUGUCUGCGCACGGGAAUCUCAAACAGCCAGCAAUCGAGAGACGACAACUGCAGCUGCAGGAAAAGCAAGAAAUCAUAAAUGGCAGCCUCUUCCAAGUCUGCGCUUUUCGUCUGCCUGGGAAACAUCUGCCGAUCUCCGAUUGCAGAAGCAGUCUUUCGACAUGUUGCCAAGGAAAGAGGAGUCCUGGCUGAGUGGAACAUCGACAGUGCAGCAACAGGCGACUGGCACGUCGGCAGCAAACCAGACAGGAGAGCAAUCCAAUGCAUGAAGGACCACAACGUCGAAAUGGACCAUCGGGCUAGACAGGUCACACUCGACGACUUCCGCGACUUCGACUACAUCUUCGCCAUGGAUAACGCCAACUUGAAUGACCUGAAAGAUUUGGCGCCUAAGGGCUCCAAAGCCAAAGUCGUGCUGCUUGGCAAAUAUGAUCCUGAAGGUCAGACAAUCAUCCGUGAUCCUUAUUACGACAGCAACAGCCAGGGCUUCGAAGAAGUGUACGCCCAGUGCAUGCGCUGCUGCAAUGCAUUCUUUGACCAGCUCAGCAGCUGAGCGCCACCCUGGGCCGUUUGGCAGCGCAGGCGAGCCUUUCCUCCCGCUCGCGCUUUUUCUCCAAGUACUUGCUGUCGUUGCUGAACCAUUGUUUGUACAGGGUGGCCAGGCUGCCCGUCGAUGCAGGCAACUGUUGACCUGUUCCAAGUUGAAGUUUGAAUAAAUAUUAUUGUCUCGCAA